AUGGCCUUCGCCGGCCAAACCCCCACCAUCAUUGUGCUCAAAGAGGGUCCGCAACCCGCCCGCAUUCUGAAUCCCCCUCUCCCCGUCUGCACGGAUGCUUCUCAAGGAAAGGGUCAGAUCAUUUCCAACAUCAAUGCCUGCGUGGCUGUCCAAUCCACGAUCAAGAGCACUCUCGGUCCGUAUGGAGGGGACUUAAUGCUGGUCGACGCCAACGGCAGGCAGACUAUCACGAACGAUGGAGCCACGGUCAUGAAACUCCUCGAUAUCGUCCACCCCGCCGCCCGCAUUCUCACCGAUAUCGCCCGGUCUCAAGAUGCCGAAGUGGGAGACGGCACAACGUCGGUCGUGGUUCUCGCCGGUGAGAUCCUGAAGGAAGUCCGGGAAUUGGUCGAGCAGGGAGUCAGCGCACAGACGAUCAUCAAGGGUCUACGGAGGGGCAGCGCCAUGGCCGUCAACAAGGUGAAGGAAAUCGCCGCCGACAUAAUCCAGGCGGGAGAGAGCGAGGAGAAGAAGGUGGAAACGCUACGACGAUUGGCAGGAACCGCCAUGAACAGCAAGCUGAUCAAGCGUAACUCCGACUUCUUCACCAAGAUGGUUGUCGACGCCGUGCUGUCGCUUGACCAGGACGACCUGAACGAGAAAUUGAUCGGCGUCAAGAAGGUGACCGGUGGUGGUCUCCAGGAUUCCCUGUUCGUCAACGGUGUCGCUUUCAAGAAGACCUUCUCCUACGCCGGUUUCGAACAGCAGCCCAAGUCGUUCAAGGACCCCAAGAUCGUUUGCUUGAACGUGGAGUUGGAGUUGAAGAGCGAGAAGGACAAUGCGGAGGUUCGCGUUGAGCAUGUGUCCGAGUACCAGGCCAUCGUCGAUGCCGAGUGGCAGAUCAUCUACAACAAGCUCGAGGCCAUCUACAAGACGGGUGCCAAGGUUGUUCUCAGCAAGCUGCCUAUUGGUGACUUGGCUACGCAGUACUUCGCGGACCGUGACAUCUUCUGUGCCGGCCGUGUCUCGUCGGACGAUAUGGACCGCGUGUGCCAGGCCACCGGCGCGGCGACGCAAUCGACAUGCAGUGACAUCCAGGAACGUCACCUGGGUACCUGCGGUUCGUUCGAGGAGAGCCAGAUCGGUGGAGAGCGGUUCAACCUGUUCGCCGAAUGCCCCGGCGCCAAGACGUGUACUCUGGUGCUGCGUGGCGGUGCCGAGCAGUUCAUUGCCGAGGUCGAGCGUAGUCUGCACGACGCGAUCAUGAUCGUCAAGCGUGCUCUGCGCAACACCACCAUCGUCGCGGGCGGUGGUGCCACCGAGAUGGAGCUGUCCAGCUUCAUGCACGGCUUCGCCGACCGCAACGUGCCUCACAAGCAGCAGGCGGUCGUCAAGGCGUUCGCCAAGGCCCUGGAGGUGAUCCCCCGACAGCUGUGCGACAACGCCGGCUUCGACGCCACGGACAUUCUGAACCGUCUGCGCGUGGAGCACCGCAAGGGUAACGUGUGGGCCGGUGUCGACUUCGACCACGAGGGCGUCCGGGACAACAUGGCGGCGUUUGUGUGGGAACCAAGUCUGGUCAAGGUCAAUGCCAUCCAGGCGGCCGUCGAGGCGGCCUGCUUGAUCCUGAGUGUGGACGAGACGAUCAAGAACGAAGAGUCGGCUGGGCCUCAGGCACCGGGCCGUGGACUUCCUCCCGGCGCGGCCCAGCGAGCUCUUGGGGGCGGCCGCGGACGCGGUAUGCCUCGCCGGGGUCGGUAA